AUGUCUGAAUGGUGGUACAACACUAAUUACCACUCAAGCUUGAAAGUAAGUCCUUUUACUGCACUCUAUGGAUAUAAUCCUCCUCACCUGUUUUUUCCUUCCACCACUACUGUUUUUGUUGUUGCUGUUGAAGACUACUUGAAUCAAAGAGAUGUUGUCCUAGACAUACUGAAAGACUCACUUCACAAGUCUCAGGAGAGUAUGAAAUUCUAUGCAGAAAAAAACAGAGUAGAAAGAAGUUUUGAGGUGGGUGAUAAAGUCUACUUAAAGCUACAUCCUUACAGGCAAGCUUCUAUGGCAUUGAGAAGGAAUUUGAAGCUUGCAUCCAAAUACUAUGGACCAUUCACCAUCUUACAUAGAAUUGGCAUUGUGUCUUAUAAGUUGCAGUUACUUGCAGAAGCUAGAAUCCAUUCUGUUUUUCAUGCAUCUCAACUCCAGAAGCAGAUAGGUACCAACCAUACACCAGCACCUAGACUCCUAAUCAUUAACAAUGCAGGUCAAGUGCUAGUAAUUCCUCCAGCAGCACUGGCUUCCAGAACUAUUGUCAGAAAUGGGGUGCAUGUACAUCAACUUCUGAUUCACUGGCCUAAUGCUACAGCUGAAGAUGCCGCAUGGGAGGAUGCUGCGAAUAUUCGCGGCCACUUUACAAAAUUUAAUCCUUGA